ACGACAAAGAAGAGACCGAAGCGGCAGCAGCAACACAAAACGGAAUUACAAUUAAAUGGCUACUAAAUUAGCCCUAACCUUCAUCUGUGUGAAAUGCUGAAUGAAAGGGGGGACAGCAAGCCUUCUUCAUUUCGCUAGUGUGGUAAAGAGAGACGUGUGUAUUUAGAAGCUGAGGGCAGCCUGCCGAGAUGUACGCUGUGCACAGGCAAGCCCACACGCCCACCUCUGUGGAGUUCUCCGUCUACUGCAACUUCAUUUCCAGCAAAGAGAAGAAUCUAGUCGUUGCCGGGACGUCUCAGCUGUUCGUCUACAGGAUUAUCCACGAUGUGGAGAGUACAUCAAAGGCCGACAAGCCCUCAGAUGGCAAAGCUCGCAAGGAGAAGCUGGAGCAGGUGGCCAGCUUUUCGCUCUUUGGUAACGUCAUGUCCAUGGCCAGCGUGCAGCUUGUAGGAGCCAGCAGGGAUGCGCUUCUCCUCAGUUUUAAAGAUGCCAAGCUGUCUGUGGUGGAGUAUGACCCUGGGACACAUGACCUCAAGACCCUGUCUCUGCACUACUUCGAGGAGCCAGAACUCAGAGAUGGUUUUGUACAGAAUGUACAUAUUCCCAUUGUCCGUGUGGAUCCGGAGAAUCGCUGUGCUGUGAUGCUCAUCUACGGCACCAAGCUGGUGGUGCUGCCGUUCCGGAAGGACACGCUAACUGACGAGCAGGAGGGUGGGGUCGGCGAUGGACCCAAAUCCAGCUUCCUGCCGAGCUACAUCAUCGACGUCCGUGAGCUGGACGAGAAGCUGCUAAACAUCAUCGACAUGAAGUUCCUCCACGGCUACUACGAAUCGACAUUGCUCAUCCUGUUUGAGCCCAACCAAACCUGGCCUGGGCGUGUGGCCGUGCGUCAGGACACGUGCAGCAUUGUCGCCAUCUCUCUCAACAUCAUGCAGAAGGUCCACCCUGUCAUCUGGUCCCUGAGCAAUCUGCCGUUUGACUGCACGCAAGUCAUGGCGGUUCCUAAGCCAAUUGGUGGUGUGGUGGUUUUUGCUGUGAACUCUUUGUUGUAUCUGAACCAGAGUGUUCCACCAUACGGAGUGUCCCUUAAUUCCCAAACAAACGGGACCACAGCAUUCCCUCUGCGCAUACAAGAGGAAGUGAAGAUCACCUUGGACUGCUCCCAGUCUGACUUUAUUGCCCAUGAUAAGAUGGUUAUCUCUUUGAAAGGAGGAGAAAUUUAUGUUUUGACUCUCAUCACCGACGGCAUGAGGAGCGUCCGGGACUUCCAUUUUGACAAAGCAGCGGCCAGCGUCCUCACAACCUGUAUGGUCACCAUGGAGCCCGGCUAUCUUUUCCUUGGGUCCCGCCUCGGCAACUCCCUGCUGCUGAAGUACACAGAGAAGCUGCAGGAGACGCCGCCGGAUGAGGUGAAAGAAAAGCAAGACAAAGAGAAAGACAAAGACAAACAGGAGGAGCCGCCAAGCAAAAAGAAGAGAGUAGAAUCCUCCACCAACUGGACCGAUGAGGUGGAUGAGAUCGAGGUGUAUGGAAGCGAGGCCCAGUCAGGCACCCAGCUGGCCACAUACUCAUUUGAGGUGUGUGACAGCAUACUGAAUAUUGGACCGUGUGCCAAUGCCUCCAUGGGUGAACCUGCCUUCCUCUCAGAAGAGUUCCAGGGCAACCCAGAGCCUGACCUGGAAGUGGUGGUGUGCUCCGGCUUCGGCAAGAACGGGGCGCUGUCGGUACUGCAGAGGAGCAUCAGACCCCAAGUAGUCACCACGUUUGAGUUGCCGGGGUGCCACGACAUGUGGACAGUCAUCUCGUGUGAAGCCAAAGAAAAAGCAGGGAAAAGUGAGGAAUCAGAUGACGGGGGUGAGAAGGAGAUGGGUGAGGACAAGGAAGAGGGAGAAAAGGUUAAGGAGGAAGGGAAGAAGGAGGAGGAGGAGCAAAAAGAGGCGCCACUGGAGGAUGACGCCAAGAAGCACGGUUUUCUCAUUUUGAGCCGAGAGGAUUCAACAAUGAUCCUGCAGACAGGUCAGGAGAUCAUGGAGCUGGACACCAGUGGGUUUGCCACUCAGGGCCCUACUGUGUUUGCUGGCAACAUUGGUGACAACAAAUACAUCAUCCAAGUCUCGCCUAUGGGAAUUCGGCUGCUAGAAGGAGUGACGCAGCUCCACUUCAUCCCAGUGGACCUGGGUUCUCCCAUAGUGCACUGCUCCGUGGCGGACCCGUUUGUGGUUAUCAUGACCGCCGAGGGAGGUGUCACCAUGUUUGUGCUGAAGACGGACUCUUACAUGGGGAAAACGCAGCGGCUGUCUCUGCAGAAACCACAGAUUGUCAUGCAACCCCGGGUGAUAGCGCUGUGUGCGUACCGAGACGUGAGCGGAAUGUUCACAACGGAGAACAGAGUGAGCUGUCCUGUCUUGGAGGACACAAACAUGAAGAGUCUAUCUGAAGUGGAAACAGUCAUUCACGACCUCAGUAAUGCAGUAGAUGACGAGGAGGAAAUGUUAUACGGAGACUCAAGUGCGAGCACAGCGCCCCCUAAGGAGGAAGUGACUCGCACUUCUGGACAAGCAGCGUCCUCUGGAAGUGAGGGAGUCUCCAUCACAGCCGAGCCCACACACUGGUGUAUGAUUGUGCGAGAAAAUGGCGUCAUGGAGAUAUACCAGCUGCCAGACUGGAGGUUGGUCUUCCUAGUGAAGAACUUUCCCGUUGGUCAGAGGGUGCUAGUGGACAGCUCCUCCGGCCAGUCAGCAACGCAGGGUGAAGGGAAGAAAGAGGAAGUGACUCGUCAAGGAGACAUCCCAGUGGUCAAGGAGGUGACUUUGGUUUCGCUGGGCAACAAUCGCAGUCGACCAUAUUUACUGGUCCACGUGGAACAAGAGCUUCUCAUCUAUGAAGCGUUCCCAUAUGAUCAGCAGCAACCUCAAAAUAACCUCAAAGUGCGCUUCAAAAAGGUGCCCCACAACAUUAACUUCCGAGAGAAGAGGUCAAAGCUGAAGAAAGACAGGAAGGCCGAAGGAGGCCUCAUUGACGAUGCGCCGGCCAAAAGUCGUAGUGCAAGGUUCAGAUACUUUGAGGACAUCUCUGGAUACUCAGGGGUGUUCAUCUGUGGACCCUCCCCUCAUUGGAUGCUGGUUACCUCUCGCGGUGCCUUGAGACUUCAUCCCAUGACCAUCGAUGGCACCAUUGAGUCCUUCUCCCCUUUCCAUAACAUCAACUGCCCGAAAGGCUUCCUCUACUUCAACAAACAGGGGGAGUUGAGGAUUAGCGUCCUCCCCACGUACUUGUCUUAUGACGCCCCAUGGCCAGUAAGAAAGAUCCCACUGAGGUGCACCGUCCACUAUGUCUCAUACCAUGUGGAAUCCAAGGUGUAUGCUGUGUGCACCAGUGUGAAAGAGCUGUGCACGCGCAUCCCCAGGAUGACAGGAGAAGAGAAGGAGUUUGAAAUGAUCGAACGAGAUGAACGCUACAUUAAUCCUCAGCAGGAGAGGUUUUCCAUUCAGCUCAUCUCUCCAGUCAGCUGGGAGACCAUUCCCAACACACGGAUCGACUUGGAGGAGUGGGAGCAUGUGACCUGCAUGAAGACGGUGGCCCUGAGGAGUCAGGAGACGGUGUCAGGCCUAAAGGGCUACAUCGCUGCCGGCACCUGCGUCAUGCAGGGGGAGGAGGUCACCUGCAGGGGGAGAAUAUUGAUCCUGGAUGUGAUUGAAGUUGUGCCUGAGCCGGGUCAGCCUCUCACUAAGAACAAGUUCAAAGUGCUUUAUGAGAAGGAGCAGAAAGGACCUGUAACGGCACUGUGUCACUGCAGCGGAUACUUGGUGUCGGCCAUCGGGCAGAAGAUCUUCCUGUGGGUCCUGAAGGACAACGAUCUGACCGGCAUGGCCUUCAUCGACACGCAGCUCCACAUCCACCAGAUGUUUAGUAUCAAGAAUUUCAUCCUGGCCGCUGACCUGAUGAAGAGUAUCUCACUGCUGCGCUACCAGGAAUCGAGCAAGACACUGUCACUCGUCAGUAGGGAUGCCAAGCCCUUGGAAGUGUACAGCAUUGAGUUCAUGGUGGAUAACAACCAGCUUGGAUUCUUGGUGUCUGAUCGAGACAGGAACCUAUACGUCUACAUGUAUUUACCUGAAGCUAAGGAGAGUCUCGGAGGUAUGCGCCUGCUGAGGCGCGCAGACUUCAAUGUUGGCUCGCACGUCAACACAUUCUGGCGCAUGCCCUGCAGAGGAGCUAUGGACACCAGCAGCAAGAAGUCUCUCACUUGGGACAACAAGCACAUCACGUGGUUUGCAACACUGGAUGGAGGAAUAGGGCUUCUCCUCCCAAUGCAGGAGAAGACGUAUCGCCGACUUCUCAUGUUGCAGAAUGCUCUUAACACCAUGUUGCCUCAUCACGCCGGGCUAAACCCCAAAGCCUUCAGGAUGCUGCACUGUGACCGACGAGGCCUGCAGAAUGCUGUGAGAAACAUCCUGGAUGGAGAACUCCUCAACAAGUACUUGUAUCUCAGCACGAUGGAGCGCAGUGAGCUGGCCAAGAAGAUCGGUACCACUCAAGAUAUUAUCUUGGAUGACCUUCUGGAAAUGGACAGAGUAACAGCUCAUUUCUAAGAGCCACAUUCCCAUAUUUUAUGUGAUUAUUGUCUGUUUUAUAUCCAAUUUGCUAUGCCCAUCUUUAUGGAAAACCUCGAGAUUUUUUGUUGAAAAAAGGUCAGUAAAUGAAAUACAAAAAUGUGUUUACAAUAUUUUUGUUUGUUCAUUGGCAGUAAUAAUUGGCACCAGUACCUAGGAAAAAAGAGGUAGAAUAAUUUAUUAAUAUUGUUAAAAUAACUUAAGAACAUUUGGUUGUUUUUAAAGCAUUGAAAGUGAGAAUUUACUCAAUAGAGAAAUGGACCCCAAUGCAAACAUCAUUGCACACUGACAUAAUCCAGGACACACCUCAUUAUCAUUGACUAAUAAUCAAGCAGAUAUUCUUCUAAACAUUCUUGAAUUUAAAAUAUUGGCUAAAUACGCUGCUGCAAAACCAAUUUCAGCAGCUUAAAAUGACUUAGUUAGCUUUAAAAGUGUUUCCUUCAUUAAAAGCAUACACUAGGCUUUUAAAACACAUGGCGUGAGUAGAUACUGUUUGCCAGGCGGUCCGACUGCGAAGCCUGAAAGAAAAUAUCCACAUUGUGAGGUAGGAGAACUAUCUCAAGUACUCGUACAGGUCCGAGUUCAGAGAGAUGAGACCAAAGUAGUUCAGCAGGUUUACGAGUGACCGGGUCACACUCAUCGCUGCCAUCUCCGUCCUGCAAGAUAAUACAUUUUAAGCGUAACAAACACACAAAACGUAUAAAUUGUGAUUAUUCUAACCUUAAUGCCAGCUCAAACUUGAGGCCCUCCCAUCUGGUCCACAACCAGCGUACGACCCAGAAUCUCUGCAGCAUGCCGGUCCUCUCUGCCUGGAUCUUCCCCCAGCAUCGCACCGCGCUAAGAUCCAAUCACAUCUAAUCAGUUCUCAUUGGAGUAAAGUGAUUUGUAGGACUCGGCUGCCCGCCGUGGAACUGACCUCUUGGCCAUGAUGAAGUAGCGGUCAACAGGCGCCCCCAGGGUGAUGUUGAUGCUUCGGACGGUGUUGAUGUUGCGAAAGACCAGCAGCAUGGGGCGAGGCAUGGACUUGAGCACCUGCAUGAUGCUGUUGAAGCGGUUGAUGGCCAUCUGGCGCAUGUAGGCCGUCUCCUCCCGACUAAGGAUGUUCGACAGGCGCAGCUCCCGCAUGUUGAUGGGCCGCUGCAGCAGCAUCUCGCAGAAGAGGAAGUACUCUACCAAAAUGGGUGUAUCACUUUGAUACUGGCACUCAGUGAUGACUGAAGUGGUCCUUACCUUUGACCCCUAAGGCAUUGGAGUACUUCUCCAUUGCAGCCUCAUCUCGCAGAACGAUGGACCUCCACAGUUUACACAACGCCGCCCUGUCGCUAAAGGUGAGUAGAAAUAUCAUGUUGGUAUCAAUGGAAGGAAUUACUUUUUUUUUUUUUUAAACAGCACAACUUACUGUUGGCUGAGGUAUUCAUACAAGCCGUGGUCCAACAGCACCAACUCUGCCUUGUUGUCGGGGCCUCGCCUUACAAGGACUGCAGACACACAACAAGCACACAUCUAGCUACUGUGCUUUUUUUUUGUUUGUUCGCUUGUUUACUCUCCACAAAUUGCAAGCUUUUGCUCCAAUUAAUUACAGAUAAAACAUUACCGUAUUUCCUACAAUAGUGGCCCUUGACUCAACUGCAGAGGGCCCUGUAUUUAUUAGAAGUAUGCCGUUCAUUGGAAAGGAGACAUUCAUACAAAUGCAUUUUAUAUGAAUCAUGUUUUUAAUAAUCAUUUCCAUCAAAAAAAUACUGGUAAUUUAUAUUAAUUUGAAAAUAUAUAUUGUACAAUAAACCUGCAUCCUUAUUUUAGUGAGCCACUAUUUUUUUCUUUUACCCCAAAAUUAUGGUAAUUAAAAUUUUUAAAUAGAUUAUAAAUAUGUAUGUAUAAUAUAUUCUUGACUAUGCUGUAAAUGUAUUGAAUAUUGUGUU